ACCACGUGUAGAGGGCGUUAAGCGCAUCUAUCCGGGAAUAUCGGCUGAGCUUGUCGCGUGUUACUGUUAUUGGCUGGUUCAUGUUGUCAGAGGUAGACGCGGUGAUGCAAGAUCUGUAAAAUAAGCAUGGAUCGUGGUAAUAACAAGUUUGUGUCACCAUUUAUUGGUCGACCAAACGCUGAAAGUAUGGCAGCAGCUCCGUCAAAUAACUUUCAGAGGAGUUUAAAAGGCAUAAUCGCAGGUGGAAUCACUGGAGGUUUAGAAAUCUGUAUCACAUUUCCAACAGAAUAUGUUAAAACACAAUUACAGUUAGAUGAGAAGGCUGGUAAUAAACGUUAUGAUGGUAUUGUAGACUGUGUUAAAAAGACAGUUAAAAGUCAUGGUGUACGUGGUUUAUAUAGAGGGUUAAAUGUAUUAUUAUAUGGAUCUAUACCAAAAUCAGCAGUUAGAUUUGGAUCAUUUGAAGAAUUUAAAAGAAGAAAUGUUGAUGAUCGGGGUGUUUUAUCUUUACAAAGAAGAUUACUAUGUGGUUUAGGUGCUGGUGUAUGUGAAGCUAUUUUAGCUGUAACACCCAUGGAAACUUUAAAAGUUAAAUUUAUCAAUGAUCAGCGCUCUGCCAAUCCACGAUUUAAAGGAUUUGCACAUGGUGUAAGGACUAUUAUUCGUGAACAAGGUAUUAGGGGAACGUAUCAAGGUUUAACUGCAACUAUAAUAAAACAGGGUAGUAAUCAGGCUAUUAGAUUCUUUGUCAUGGAAACCUGUAAAGAUUUAUAUCGUGGUGAAGACAAAUCAAAGCAUGUACCAACACUAUUAGUUGGUUUAUUUGGAGCUGUAGCCGGGGCAGCAUCUGUUUUUGGUAACACUCCAGUUGAUGUUGUCAAAACAAGAAUGCAGGGUUUAGAAGCAUCAAAAUAUAAAAAUACAUUAGAUUGUGCAGUUCAGAUAUUUAAACAUGAAGGUCCUAGAGCAUUUUAUAAAGGAACAGUGCCAAGAUUAAGUCGAGUCUGUUUAGAUGUAGCUAUAACAUUUAUGAUAUAUGAUAAUUUUAUGAAACUGUUCAAUCAAGUAUGGAAGACAGAUUAAUCCGCUAAAACAGUCUUCAUGUAUCAUUCCAGUAGACUAACACAUCCAGUGAGGAGUUGAGUAGCUAAAUCAUCCAGACACCUCGUAAUAUUGUCUACAUAUUGUCAAUUACAUAUCAAUAUAUUGAGUGACUGAAGUGUGAAAGUUAUACAAGACAAGUUACGUGAAUGGUGUGCAAUUCUUUUGUAAUUACUAUUCUUUAGUACUUAUUAGUUAGGCAUGCAAAAUCCUGAUGAUUUCAUAUAUUUGUGCUGCAUAUACUUAUCUUGUAUAUAAAUACCAAGGGUGACAUGUCAUAUGAUAGUAUAUGUUAGUUGAUAUUUAGAAUGAUUUGUCAUAGAAUACGAUUGAUGUUUUAUUCGGGUUAUAAUAGAGUUAAUCUCAUUUAUUUAUAGUGGUAUGUUUAUAAUACUUUCAACAGAUUACUGCAAAUUAUUCUACAAUUUAUUAAUUGACAUGUUUUAAUGUAUUUAAAAAUGAAGUAUUUAUAAUAGUUUCAACAGAUUACUGCAAAUUAAUGUAAAUUAAAGGCAUUAUUGAUAUUAUUUUAAAACAGUAAGUCCAGUAUAUUAUAAAAACACUACCAUAAAAUUUUGUAAGCGCUCACUAACACUGAAAAAAGAUUAUCUGAUGUAAUUAAUUUGUAAAUAAUUAUACCUUUAAUACUAAUUAUAGACUGCAUGAUGCAAUAGCAUAUUUGUAGGUCUCGUCAUUGAUCUCAUAAUAAUUUAAUAGGUGCUUACUUUUCGUCACAUAUACCAAUAAUUUAAUAUGUAUUUUGUAUAUCAUAUUUGUACAAACAUAAGGAUCUAGGCAAAUUACUUAAGAAACCAAGUCUUUAUAAAUCUUCCAUCAAUCAUUAAAAUAAAUAGUUCCAUUAAUACAUAGUUUAUAUCUGCACAUUCAAUGACUAGCUAUUAUGCGUAAAUAUUAUGUGGCACAUAAAACAAAAUGACAAUUACUAUUAGCUGUUAAUGUGGUUUUAAUUUACUCAGUUCAUAAUUAUACUUUCUGUGUUCAUUUUCAAUUACAUUCAUAUAAAUUAAACUAUUUGUGGUUUUUUUACUGAUUAUUAUUAUUGAUUUGUUAUUAUUUAAUUUAAUUAUUAAUUAUACUUAUUGCUGGCUUUAUCUUCUUUAUACUUGUUAAAAUUAUUUACAUAUAUUGCUACUUUAUUUAUAUGAUAUUCAAAAGUUGAUUUAUUGGAGGGAACUACAUACUAUAGUAUAUACUGAUUUUAAUAGUCUCUCUUAUUUACCUUAGACAAGUAGCAUACAGAAGAGUUUUGUUUCAUCCAGGAAAGGUCAAAAAUUAAUUUGGGAGAAAUUUUCAGUAAAGUUUCCUUUCAUUUUUAUCUUGGUAAUUUUUAAGAACUUUAGUGGAUGUAAGCUUCUUGCCAAAGGCAAAUUUGUGAGACUGAUUGGGGUAAUUUUUUUUUUUUUUCAUAAAGUUUGAUUAAGUUAUUAUUUUGUUCGUAUUAAUUCAUUGUAUGAAAAUCAAAGCUGAAUGAAUUUUCUGACUUGUCAGCUUGAUGUUAAGUGAGCAAAAAUAUCUAUACAGAAAUAUUUUUAUUGCUAUGCUGACAAAAUUAAUAUGAAAAUAAUUUCUUUAAGUCACAGAACUUAUUUGAUUAUUGGAAGACCAUGAAAUUAAUGCUACUAUUGCAAGUAUGAAUAGAUUGCACCACUUAGUGUUUUACAGGAAAUAAAAAAAAAUGUUAUUCAACUCUUUUUGUACCAGCCAUUAUAACCUCAUGUAGAAAUCAAAUAAAAAAGCAAAGGAAAUGUGUCAUUUACAUCUUUUUAUAAUUAUCAGGUAUGGUAUCUUGAUUAUAUAUUUUUAAAAUAUGGAGAUUUUGUUGAACAUUUUAUUUAUAUCACACUAACGUCAAAGCAUUUAUAGAAAUAUUACUGAUAUUUUUCUUUCACUUCACUUGAAUUGAAUAUUUUGGCUUUAAUUGGCAGUAGAUGCCAACAUACUACUGAUAAUAUGUUGAUGAAUUGUUUAGGAUUACUGUAACACAAGUUAUUGCCAUGAGGUAUGCCAACUAAAGUUGGGAUUUGCCUAUUAUGCAAUUUAACCUUAAUAGUCUUUUGACCAAAGACCAAGGCUUUUACUUUUGCUGCAAACCCAGAUAUUGGAGAAUAGUUUGAAUAUAAACCUAUGUUUUAUAGCUAUAUGAAGAUCCACUAUAAUAAAAAUAUUAGAUGUGUACAUUUUAUAAAUGUGUAAAAUCUAUUAUUAUUGUAAUGAAUAUGUAUGUAUUGUUAUAUUGUGAAUGGAUUAUGUAUGAAUGCAAUAUAGAAUAUAUAAUAAUUCUACUAUAUAGAUUGUGGGAUGUAUUUGAAAAUAUAUAUAUAUU